AAAAAUCCAAAGAAGAAGAAGAGGAAGACGACAUCUGCCUGCGUCUGCAGAACAGAACAGAAAGGAUCCGCUCGUUGGUUUCGGUUAGGGGAGCUGAGCUGAGAAUUCGAUAAUUGAGAUUGAACUCCGCCAUGUUUGCGAAGCGUUUCUUCCAGAAAGCCGCGCAGCAGCUUCACCAGAAAUCCCCUCAGGGAGGUGAAAAUUCCUCGGUUGAUCUGCAACCUCGCGUUACUCUUCACUAUGGAAUUCCUUCUACUUCAUCAGUUCUUGCCUUUGAUCCCAUUCAAAGCCUUUUGGCUGUGGGAACACUGGAUGGCAGGAUUAAAGUGGUUGGUGGGGAUAACAUAGAAGCUCUUCUUGUAUCACCAAAGCAGUUGCCUUUCAAAUACCUACAGUUUCUGCAAAAUCAGGGUUUUCUGGCCAGUAUCUCAAAUGACAACGACAUUCAGGUUUGGGAUUUGAAGCUUCGGAAUAUUGCAUGCAGCAUGCAAUGGGAUUCCAAUGUAACUGCUUUCUCGGUUAUUCGUGGAACCACUUAUAUGUAUGUAGGAGACGAGAAUGGGUUGGUGUGUGUCUUAAAGUAUGAUGUGGGCGAGCGAAAGCUUAUCCAGCUCCCUUACCUUGUUCCUGCAGAAUCUAUUGCAGAAGCAGCUGCUAUUUCAGUGCCUCCUCAUAAAUCUGUUGUUGGAGUUCUUCCUCAGCCGUUGUCUGAGGGAAAUAGACUGCUGAUUGCAUAUGAGCACGGACUGAUUGUACUCUGGGAUGUCUCUCAAAAUCAGGCGAUGUUAGUUAAAAGCUGUAAAGAUAUUCAAUUGAAGGAUCAGGCAGUGAUCGAUCUGUCUAAAGAGGCAAAAAGUGAUUCUGUGGGGGAUGUAUCUGAAGAUGAGCAGAUGGACAAAGAUAUUAGUUCUCUUUGCUGGGCAUCCUCUGAUGGAUCCAUUGUUGCUGUGGGCUAUGUAGAUGGUGACAUAAUGUUAUGGAACUUGUCUAGUUCUGCAUUUCUCAAAAGUCCGCAGGCUGCCAAACCAUCAAAUGACUCUGUUAAGCUGCAGUUAUCAUCAAGUGACAGAAGACUUCCAGUAAUUAUUUUACAUUGGUCUGCCAUCAGAGAACGCGGUACUCAGGGUGGCAAACUCUUUGUUUAUGGUGGUGCUGAAAUUGGUUCUGAAGAAGUUCUCACGAUUCUGAAUCUCGAUUGGUCCCGUGGAAUACAGAAUGUAAAAUGUGUUGGUCGUACUGACAUCACACUAAAUGGUUCUUUUGCGGAUAUGGUGUUGGUACCACCUACAGAUGAAAGGGAGGGAGUCCACAGCAGUUCCCCUCUUAUAUUGACAAAUCCUGGUCAAUUGCAUUUUUAUGAUGAGGACUGUCUCUCUGCCUUAUUUCAUCAAGAAAGAAGAGCUACAGUUUCUCCACUUCCAUAUGAAAUGGCCGUUCCUACUGUUGAGCCACAAAUGACUGUAAGCAAGCUUGGUCCUGUACCCAAGGAUGAGAAGUUUUCAGAGUCCCUCUAUGAGUUAGUCCAAGCUGCAAAACGUUGCAUGGAAGAUGAUCUGACAAAUGGGGAUACAAGAUGGCCUAUAUAUGGUGGAAUUCCUAAUCGACUUCCUCUCAUGGAAGAUUAUCAUAUUGAGAGAAUAUAUGCAGCAGGGUAUCGAGAUGGAUCUGUUCGUUUAUGGGAUGCCACAUCUCCUGCUCUUUCCCAGAUUUAUGUUUUAGAACCUGAGUGUUUGUUUAUGGAGAUAUGUUUGAUUCAGGUGAAAGAUGUUGAGAUGGCAGAUGCUAAUGCAGCGGUGUCGGCACUUGAUAUCUGCUCGAUCAAUUUAUAUCUGGCUGUUGGAAAUGAAUUUGGCCUGGUUCGCCUGUACAACCUAGCUGGUACAUCAGACCCCGAAGGGUUACGUGUUGUAUCUGCAACAGUUACAGAGGUUCAUGAGGUACAGCAAGAAGAUGGACCUCGUUGCAUAGCUUUGUUUUCUCUGCUCAAAUCUCCUAUUCGUGCCAUCGAUUUUGCUAAUUCUGGGACCAGACUUCUCGUGGGAUUUGAAUCAGGCCAGGUUGCGGUGAUUGACACUACAGCAUUAUCGCUCUUAAAUCUAACAGAUGCCAUUUCCAGCUCUUCUGCCAUUAUUUCACUAUGUGCGAAUUCAUUCUCAGACUCUAAAAGGAACAGUCCAGGGGACACUGAACCCAGUGAUCUGAACAGCACUGAAAAAUCAGUAACAUUUGUUUUAACCGAAGAUGUAUCUAUUGCUGUCUUAGAUAGUGCCAAAGGCAAUUUGAUUGAGUCUCAGUCCUUCUGGCCUGAAAAGAAGUCAACUGCCAUAUCUCUGAAUUUAAUAGAAGGAAAUUAUCCCAUACCUGAAGUGUCAGGUGAAACUCAUACAAGUUCUUCUAAAAGAACUGAAGCAAAAGAAGGCCCUGAAUGGUCUAAUAUCCAUGACGAAGACUCCUACUGUGAAGAUGCACCUGCUGGCCUGAGAAUUAAGUCAUAUGCUUUACUCUGUUGUGAAGACUCCAUAACUUUAUACGCUUUGAAGUCUCCUUUUCAGAUUGAUGAUAACUUUGUUCAAAAAGUUGACCUGGUAAAACCAUGCUCCUGGACAAUGAUCUUGAGAAAAGAUGAGAGAGAUUAUGCACUAGUUGUUCUAUAUCAGACUGGAGAGCUUGAAAUAAGGUCUUUGCCCAAUCUCGAAGUAAUAUGUGAAAGCUCUUUCGGGUCACUUCUGAGAUGGAGCUUCAAGACAAACAUGGACAAGACAUUGUCCUUCACCGAGAAUGGGCAAAUUACUCUGGUCAAUGGGUGUGAAUUCGCUUGCAUUUCUCUCUUGGCUUCUGAAAAUAACUUUAGGAUUCCGCAGUCUUUGCCUUGCCUCCACGAUGAAGUUCUUGCAGCUGCUGCAGAUGCAAGCAUUAAUUCAUCUCUUGAUGGGAAGAAAAGCCAGUUGUUGCCACAGGGCACCAAUGCUCGUGGACUUUUAGACACAGUCCUCAGGAGUCUUGAAGGGAAAGGGGACAGCAACUCGGGUCUCAUGAAAGUCGAUUGCACAAAUCCUGCACACUUGGACAGCAUAUUCUCUAAGCCUCUUUCUUUAGGGUCGUCGACUGAUGCAACACCAGAUCAAGAAGUUAUCGAACUCAAUAUAGAUGACAUCCAUAUUGACGGACCUGUAACCAUUUCAUCAUCAUACCAAAAGCCUGACAAGGAUGCGAAAGCAGAUAUUAAGCCGGAGAAGGAAAGAUUAUUUGAAGGAUCAAGUACAUAUGAAAAGCCUCGGAUGAGAACACGUGAAGAAAUUGUUGCCAAAUAUCGGAAGACACCUGCUGGGGAUGCCCAUGCAGCUGCUUCACAAGCUCGGGAUAAACUGGCUGAACGUGGAGAAAAACUCGAGAAAAUGCGUGAACGCACUGAAGAGCUACAGGAUGGAGCUCAAGACUUCGCGUCCAUGGCAGGUGAACUUGCCAGGCGAAUGGAGAACCGCAAAUGGUGGAACAUGUUCUAGAAGCCUCUCCAAGCUCUCGUUUGAUCAUCUUGUCGGAAGCCCGCCUUCACCCCGGUAUCUUCCAUCAGCGUAUGUUGCUGUAUUGUUCGUAUAAAUAUUAUUCACCUAUUUAUUCCCCCUCUGUAUGUAUAGUCCUAACAUGAGGCACGAGCAGGUUUUGGGGGACGUGGCAAUAUGUUCGAUAUAUGUGUAAACUUUCCAUUUUUCGACUUUUAGCCUCUCCAUCGGUGAAGAGGCUCUUCCGCCAUCAUAAUAUGUACAGAUUGUGUCUGCCCUUUAAUAAAAGCCUAAUGAUCUUUAAGAUGCCAUUCACGACA